CCCAAUAUUCUUAAGCCUCUCCCUCUGUUGCCAAUUGACGCAGAGAGAGGGACGGGCGACCUCAAAAAGCGUUCUUCUUUUGACCCCGUCGUUUUUCUGCAGAGAUUCUCUUUUCAGGGAAUAGCGGGAAUAGUCGAGAAAGUGAGCGAGAAAAAGGUAAAAGCAGCGAUAUUGCAACAUGCUUGGUCCGAUAAAGGCCGCGAUUGGAGAUGCAGUGCUCACCUUUAUGUGGGUCUUCUGCGCAUCCACGCUUGGAUUAGCCACUAGCGCGAUAACAGCAUCACUUGGUCUUCAGCAUCUAUCCUUCAAUGGUCUUAAUUACGCAUCAAUUUUCGUCACCACUUUCCUUGUCUUUACCCUUGUCUUUAUCUUCACCAUCGUGGGCAAUGUCUUGGGUGGUGCCACCUUCAACCCCACCGGCACUGCUGCCUUUUAUGCCGUUGGUCUCGGCUCUGACACCCUUUUCUCCAUGGCUCUCCGCUUUCCUGCCCAGGCGUUAGGUGCUGCGGGGGGUGCUUUGGCAAUUUUGGAGGUGAUACCGCCGAAAUACAGGCACAUGAUUGGAGGACCAUCGUUGAAAGUUGAUUUGCAUACUGGAGCUAUGGCUGAAGGGGUUCUGACAUUUGUGAUCACUCUGGCUGUUCUUUUUAUCAUACUCAGGGGCCCUCGUAAUGAAUUGUUGAAGACUUGGUUGCUGGCCGUGUCUACCGUGGUUCUGGUCAUGGCUGGCUCUACUUACACGGGGCCCUCCAUGAAUCCUGCCAAUGCCUUUGGCUGGGCAUAUGUAAACAACUGGCACAAUACAUGGGACCAAUUCUAUGUUUACUGGAUUUGCCCCUUCAUUGGAGCAAUAGUUGCUGCUUGGGUGUUUCGGAUCUUGUGUCCCCCACCAGCACCAGUAGAGAAACAGAAGAAAGCCUGAAGAGGUCUGGCAGAUCUGGUUAUGUUAGCUUCAUUUAUUGAUAAGCUCCAUGUUUAUUCGUUGGGUUGGGACCUCUUUCUUUCUUUCUUUUUCCAUCUUUCCUUCCUUCUCACCUCUCUUGCUACUUGCUGCUGUUGGGACUCUAGCAAUCAGCUGAUCGUUCAAUAACAUGUUAUGUUUUGCCAA